AUGGCUAUAGCAAAUUGGUGGUAUGAUGCUAAUUUACCUUUCAAUGCAUCUCAAUCUAAAUUUUAUCAACCAGCUAUAGAUGCUAUAGCUGCCAUCGGGCCAGGAUUCAAGGGUCCUUCUUUACAUGAGUUGAGAGGAAAUUUGUUGAAGAAUUCUGUGACUGAGGUUCAGAAUUAUCUCUUAGAUAUUAAAACAUCUUGGAGGGAUAGUGGUUGUUCACUAAUGGCAGAUGGUUGGACAAAUCAGAGGCAACAACCAAUAAUUAACUUUUUGGUUUAUUGCCCAAAAGGUACAAUGUUUUUGAAGUCUAUUGAUACAUCGGGCCUUAGAAAAGAUGCUGAAACAUUAUUUAAAAUUUUUGAUGAAGUUGUUCAAGAAGUUGGGGUGGAGAAUAUUGUGCAAUUCAUAACAGACAAUGAUGCGAGUUAUAAGGCUGCAGGAAAAAAAUUACAGCAAAAGUAUGGCUCUUUGUUUUGGUCCCCUUGUGCAGCUCAUUGUAUAGAUUUGAUGUUAGAGAACUUUUGUGAUCCCAGACAUUUUCCUAUUAUUGAUGAAACUAUAAAGAAGGCAAGGAAGAUAACGAAAUUCAUUUAUAACCAUGCUUGGGUUUUGGCUUUGAUGAGAAAGGACUUCACCAAAGGUCAUGAUUUAUGUCGCCCUGCAGUCACAAGGUUUGCUACAAAUUUUUUAAGUAUCCAAUGCUUACUGUUGUUUAAGAAAGAGCUUCGACAAAUGUUCACUUGUGAUAAGUGGAUUGUAUCAAGUUACUCUAAAAGCAACAUAGGGAAGGAGAUAGCUGAGAUUGUUCUAGAAGAUAGAGAGUUUUGGGCUCAAUGUCAGUUUAUUGUAACAAUCAGCGAGCCUUUGGUUCGAGUACUACGACUUGUCGAUGGGGAUGAGAAGCCUGCAAUGGGAUACUUGUACAAUGCAAUGGAGAAAGCCAAAGAGAAUAUAAAAGCAAGAUUGAAGAACAAAGUUUCUGCAUUUAUGCCAUUCAUCAGGGUCAUUGAUGCUAGGUGGGAUAAGCAGCUUCAUAGUCCAUUACAUGCAGCAGGUUGUCUUCUUAAUCCUAGAAUUUACUUUAACCCUUGCUUUAAAAGUAGAAAUGAUGUUUCUAGAGGGUUUACGACUUGCGUUGUAAAGAUGGAACCUGAUAUUGAUAAGCAAGAUGAGAUCAUUCAACAAAUUGACAUGUAUAAGAAUGCAAACGGUGAUUUUGGACAACCUAUAGCAAUACGCCAGCGUGAAAAAAGUAAUCCAGUUGCAUGGUGGAGUACUUUUGGAAAUGAGUUUCCAGCUCUUCAAACGUUUGCAAUCCGCAUAUUAAGUCAAUGUUGUAGUGCAACUGAUUGUGAAAGAAAUUGGAGUACAUUUGAAUUUAUUCAUUCAAAGAAGAGGAAUAGAUUAGAGCAUAAACGUUUGAAUGAUUUAGUAUUUGUUCGUUAUAACUUGAAGCUCCGUGAGAGAAACAUAAAGAGGGGAAGAGAUGCUUUGGAUCCAAUCAAUCUUGAGAAUAUUGACUUGAUGGAGGAAUGGGUAGGUGAAGAAUCAGAGCUUAUUGAUGGAGAAGACUUGGAUUGGGGAAGUAUUGAGGAGCCAUUAGCCUCACAAAAUUUGGAAGAAGGUGUUAAUGUUGGUCUUGAUAUUGAUGAUAAUGGUGGUGACAAUGACAUUGACGAAAAUAUUUUGAGUAGCUUUGCUAAUGUUGAUCCUUUUUGUCUUAUUGAUGAAAAUGAAUGA